CCAUGACGUCACGACACAGUACUUAUACUCGACCUCAGCCCGCUCUCGUCACAUAUUGUUUAACGGCCACUAACCGCAACUGUCUCAUAUCGACCGACGUCCUAAAGCAAGCACGAGAUGGCACGUACCAAGCAGACUGCUCGUAAAUCUACUGGAGGAAAGGCGCCAAGGAAGCAGCUCGCUACCAAGGCAGCCAGGAAGAGCGCACCGUCCACGGGAGGAGUGAAGAAGCCCCAUCGUUACAGACCUGGAACUGUGGCUCUGAGGGAGAUCCGUCGUUACCAGAAGUCCACAGAGUUGCUCAUCCGCAAGCUGCCCUUCCAGCGUCUGGUGAGAGAAAUUGCACAGGAUUUCAAGACAGAUCUGCGUUUCCAGAGCGCAGCUAUCGGAGCUCUUCAGGAAGCCAGCGAGGCUUAUCUGGUGGGUCUGUUUGAGGACACGAACCUGUGCGCCAUCCACGCCAAACGUGUCACCAUCAUGCCCAAAGACAUCCAGCUGGCUCGUAGGAUAAGAGGAGAGAGGGCCUAAGCGGCAAAUUAUCCUAUUUAUCGUACCAUUUUUGUGGACAUUUUAUUUCUUGGGUAUUUUUUACAAGUUUUCUUUGGAUUUUUUGUAUUUUAGAUCAAGAUCAAUCAUUCCACAAGCCCGGGUACCCUUAAGAUAGUUGGAAAUGUUGUGCAGUUAAGAGUGUCUUGCCGAGUAUUCCAUUCAUUGGGUCAUUACUCCAGCCAUCGCAUCACCCUUCGAGCUCAUUGUGGACAUCAGGCUCCACCUUGGGAUGGGAGUUGUCUAAGGGAUAAAUUCUUCGCAUCUUCUUUGGGGGGUCCAGGGUCUCUUCACCCGCCUACCACUCGUCACAAAAUGCCAGCACGUCCUGCUCAGCCAGUCUCACUGCAGUGUUGGUAUCUGUUGAUACUCUACACUCUGUGACUGGGAGCAUGGCCCCCCCUCCUGUAUUUUUCUGGACUUCUUUUUACAUGUUUUUCAACAUAAACCUUGGCAGCUACAUUUAAUACUAUUUAUGAAAAUGUUGUCGCGUGUCUUUCUAUUAAAGGUCUUUAUGAGUAGAAA